AUGUCAGAAAAGCACAUUUCAAAUAUCAAAACCAACUGCUUCAAGAUUGGUCACCUAACUAACAUUCAAUAUUGGAUUUACAACAGCACAGAUCUCAACGACCAGGCGUUGUUGGAGUUGGAGCUCACGCUUCGGCAUCAGAAUCCCAAAAUUUUAAUCACAUACUACAACAAGAGCUUGUACCAGUUUGCAUUGGACGACACGGGAAUCAAAGACAGCGACGACCACAACCUAAGUUCGGACAAUGACAAGAAGUUGCUUCUCAAGCAUACGGAGACUGUGCCGGCCAAGGUACUCGCCGAUCCAGCAAAGUCACGAACACCAAAUAGCAAGGAGCUCACGCUUGCAAGCCUAAGCUUUUUGAAAGCGGUAAAGAAAAUGUUUCUAUACAACCUUGCAUUCCAACACUCGAUCAAAUUGUUUGGCAACCAUUGCAUUAUAUCCCAAGACGACAUCCACUAUACACCAUUUAGCGUCGACCCAUUCUUGCUCGAAAACGGCGACCUUUUGGUCUCGUGUGUCCAGCGCCGGUCCUUGCAACUAGUCAGCUCGCUGGUACUAUACCCACCAGAGUCAGCUCCAGCGUCAGCUCGAGAUCGAGCUCUAGCUCGCGAUUACGUGAUCUACAUUCUGCCGGGAGGUAUCCGUUGCCAUUUAUUCGAUAACGAAAACAUACGCAACAACUUUGUCGACACUCCUCAAUUUGACAAUGAGGAUGUUAUCAAAAAAUUGCUCGAGUAUAGCACGAAUAAGGAAAUCCCAACAGACACAAUAUGGGUUAAACUAGUGCCGAACCUCAAACACUUGAAUAACCAGACUUCACUCAUAUCGAAAUUCAUACAUGCGGUAGAAAAUACAAAGUACAUCUUGUGGCCAUGGGACCUUUGCCUUCUUCAAUUUGGAAGCGAGGAGCGGCGCAUUAAACCUCCCGCUUCUCGCGAGCAAGUGUCCCAGGUGUCGAAUCCUAUGAAUUUACUAUCUGAGUUUUUGGAUUUCACCAUUCACCAAAACUCAGAUCGAUCAAGAGAAGAGCACAAUGGACAUUUCCCGCGGACCGCCGCGUUGAGUAACGAGCCUGUGUCCAACUCGAGUGCACUUUUCGCAGAACCUACAGUUGAGCCCAUAAAAGACCCACAAUCGGUGGAAUAUGUCAGCAUGACGAGUCCAAUGGGGGCAGCCCAUUUCGAUAUGCAAGUAACGGGGGAUUUUUUCUCGAAAUCGAUGGACAAGGAGGUUUUCCAAGAAGAUAAACAACAUCAUGGAAACGACGAUGACAUGGAGGAAGUUGAUGACUUGUUUGGUGACGGUGACGAUAGCGACCAAGCCGAAGAGCCCGCGGAGGAAUCCAACCUGGAUAGUCAGCCGAGUGGGAAGGCAAAAGAAGAAGGAGGAGAAGAAGAAGAAGAAGAAGAAGAAGAAGAAGAAGAAGAAGAAGAAGAAGAAGAAGCUAACAAUGGCGAUGUUGAGGACGUGGAUUUGUUCGGAGAAUCUCUAAACGACGAAAGUUCUUCUCAUCCUACCUCCGAGAAUUUUUUUGCAAACAAAAAUAAUGAUGUCGCUCGUGAGUCAGAGACUGGCGACGGAAAACUGAUGACAACCAGUGAUGUCAAAAACGUGCCCGCCCAAUUGCCAUAUUUUGAAGCUUUAAAGGACAGAAUGACUGUGGCGGAAAACUUGACUCCUGAUUAUGAAGAUCCCGGUGCGCCAGCGCCAAUGAAUCCAACGCCAGUGGCCAAUUUUGCUGCUCCCGGUGUCGAUACCUCUUUCCGGGACAAGGGAUGGCGAAGCGGAAACCAAAGAGAUGUGGCCACAGCUUCGUUAGACUUCCUGAAACGGAGGAAAAAAUCUGCAUUUUCUCCCAUCCCUUUCAACCCAAUCAUUGAAAAGAACAUUGACAAGAAAUAUGGCAAGGGAGGGAAAUUUUUCAUCAAUAAAGAAGCGGACGUUGGCAUAACACUACCGUUUCCAACAACACGAGCUACAAGUGCUACUUCGGAGAGCCUAAUGGGAAGGGAUGAACUGUCCAAAAAAUCGCUGCUCCUGGAGGUAUUCAUUAGCAGCGAAGAGAGCGACGAAGACGACGUGGCCGUUGUUGACACGACACCAGUCAAAUCAAACGAGCGAGAGGACAAUUUCCCUCAGUACAACAACAACAACAACAAUAAUGGUAUCAUGCUGAGUCAAACUGGCGCUGCUGAUUUCCAAAUGUCGUCAUUGGCGUCGUCGUCGUCGGUGAUGAGCACCGUCAACAAUGUUAAUAUGAACGCUGCAUCGGGUUUGUUAGGAUCGCCCCUCGUCAAUAUGCCGGCCAGGUUCUCGUUCAAGUCAGAUUCUCCAUUUCCAUCCAUCGAUGGAGUACCGAUGACUCCAUUCUUUCAAGAAGUGUCAAAUUUUCAACAAUCAAAAGCUUCACCCACGCCAGCUAAUCUGGCCCUUCUUGAAAAGGGCGGAGCUGCCGAUUUUCAAGGCAGGAUGAAUGAUCCUUCCAACUAUUUGCCCUUGGUGCUACGAAGCGUGAACAUUUCAUCCAUCCCCGACUCGUUCUUGAUGAACAACUUGAAUAGCACGAGACUAAUCCCAUCCUUUUCCAUGAGCGAAGACGAAUGGGAAAACGACUUGGAGACAACAGAUGCAGAUUUGAUUGUGAAACUGACCAACAUCAGCGAGUUUUUGAAUGUGUUGACAAGCAACGUUGUUUUUGAUCUCGGCAUGACCCCUAGUUUAUGCCCCGUUGAGGAGAAAAUCUCGCGCGAGGGGAGUGGGGCAGGGGGAGCAGGAGGCGAAGAUGUUGUUGGUUUUCGCCCAAGUUGGCGCUCGGUGAAUUUGGAAACUGCGUUGGAAAACUACAUUGGCAAAGCAUUUCCUACAUCGUAUCAAGUCCAAUUGGGCGAGUUUAUACUGGACCUAGAACUGCCUGAACUAGAUUCAUUUGAAUGCGAAUUGGACUUUCUCGAGGACAAGUUUCAUGACGCGGGAUCGAGAGUGAAAGCUCUCAACAAAUAUGUUUGGAAUUGCACACUCGACAAACAGCCGGACAAUGAGAAAAAUUUCACAAGCUACAAGGGUUUGAUUGACAGUCUUGUCAACGACGUUGCCGCCGCCGCCGCUGGUAGUGGUGGUGGUAGUGGCAGUGGCAGUGGCGGCAGUGGUAGUAGUGGUGGUGGUGGUAGCAAUACCCCCAACUUGUUUCCGACAAAGGCUGUGAAAGUCAAGUUGCAGAAAAACAACCAAAUUUUAAAUGUUAACAGCUUAUCGCUCAAGUUUUGGAAGUAUAUGAAUUUCUCGCCCUUGAACAAGUCCAAAAAUUUCCAGAUAUUGGCAGUCGGGGAAAGCAGCAUGGCGAGUGCAAAGUCUUAUAUAUUCGAAGUUGUGGAGAAAAUUGUGAGCAACUACAAGGACAGCAAUUUUGGCACGAUUUCGAAAUUGAAUUUGUCUACUGUUGAAACUCGAACAGAUUUGGAUUCGGUUUGUGAUGGAGUCAUGCUUCUCCAUAACGAUUUGAGCCACAAACGCAACGAGUAUUACAGCCAAUUGAACAAGAAGUUGACUUCCUUGGUGGAAUUAAUCAAGCUUGACUUGAUAAACAAAACAGGCAAUUUUGAGUUUGACCAGCCGCUUUUGAUUCUUGUCAUUAACUUUGACGAAAGCUUCAAUUCCUCACUUCAAUUGUGCAAGGUUUUAAGAAACUUCAAAGUAGCCUUAAUCAAUCACCAGUUGCCGUUGGUGCAGGUUUUCACCAAAAUUUUACCUUCCAAAAUGCUAGUCAAGAGUUUCGGCGGCGAACUCAAGUUGCGUGUGCUUAGCAACUACACUGUGACCAGGCUUUCGCUGAUGUUGUACAACGCUUGCCCACGCGCUUCAAACACGGAAGUUCUUCUUUCAAGUGGAAUAUACGCGCCUUUGGUCAAGGAGCCGCCUUCACACAUCCAGUUUAAAUUCAUCAAUAAUGGCUACAAAUUUGGAGGCAACUGCGAUGAUAGCUUUAUCCACUUGGCCUAUGAAAGAUCGAUUGACAAAACGUGGUUUGCAGCCGCAUGGUCGGACCCAUUAGGCCAAGUUACCUACACCAAAGCGUGGUAUACUUCUGAGAACAAGCCGGCAACAGCCCCCAACAGCACCCAUAGUCAUAAUCAUAAUAAUCAAAUUAAUAAUAAUGCAUCAACGACGCAGAAUAGAGUUUCCAAUGGAGAUAAAAUGGAUACUGCCAGCAUUGCUGAUGACAUGUGGAACAUAUCAGCCGAUCUUUUCCGCAAGUUGAACAAUCUCGGAGACAAAUCGACUCAACCGGGAGCAAAGAAGUUCCUAGUUUUAACUAGAAUCAAUGGAAUCAUACCGGACGACGAGCUAGUUCACUGGAAAAGACUAAGCUUGAAGUUUAAGGACAUUUCUCUCAUUGUUUUGUCGGCCAUGCCAAUACCCAGGAUAUUGCAUACUACUAUUACUCAAGGCUCGCAUUUCAAAAGCAGCUUUAUGAGCAAUAACUCGCCCGAGCAUCAGCACGACAAGGAGCAGCACACUGCUUUCAACUUUAAAAGCUUUGCAAGCGGAGAAGAAGCCUCACCACUAGGGCAGAAUGCCGAUUCGAUAUUGACAUCGUCUCCCACAGCAUUGUCGUUUCAUUCUCCUCAACAGUUUUUGAACGCACCUUCCAACUUUUUAUCACCUCAGGAUGCUUGCAACACGCCAGGCGCGAAUGGCAACUCCUUUACUUCUCUUUAUGAUGCCGAUCUGGUCAUGAAAGGUCCCGAAGAUGACGUCUACGGAGUCAUACCAAGAGUUAAAUUGCCGUCUACAAGCUCUCCAAGCAGAGUGGGCAUGAAAGUGGGAUACUUGGUCAGAGAAUGCAAGGACGCAAAAGCAGACGAUUUCUUGAGCCAUCUUGUUUUUGAGGUUAAUCUUCUCAGCUGCUCGAAUUACUGGAAUUUGGACGUUUUGAUGAGACAACUCCUUGAGCAGUACAAGAAGUUGGUGGUGUUGAAUGAUAUCCUCGGCACUCGCAAAAUCGAUGGAGAGUGGGAUCUGUUUACCAGUGAGUCGCAGCAACUAGAGGACGGCUCGUUGGUGCCCUGGCACAUCUUUGCUGUCCAUAAGUUGUUAAAGUACUUGGUUCAUGUCUAUGUAGAAGAGUGA